AUGGGAAAAGGUUACAAGGUGGUGGUGUGUGGAAUGGCUUCUGUUGGGAAAACUGCCAUUUUGGAACAGAUUCUGUACAGUAACCACAUUGUUGGCAUGGAAUGUAAUGCGACUGUAGAGGAUGUGUAUGUGGCUCUGGCUGAAACCGAUCGGGGAGUAAAGGAACAGCUACGUCUGUAUGACACCAAAGGGGUGGAGGGAGUCGAACAGUUCCCCAGACAUUACUUCUCUGUCGCUGAUGGCUUUGUUUUGGUGUAUGCUGUGAAUUGCCUGGAAUCCUUCCAGAAAGUUGACCAGCUCAAAAACGAGAUUGACAAACUUAGAGACAAGAAGGAGGUGCCAGUAGUGGUUUUGGGGAACAAAACUGACCUUGCGGAGCAGAGACAAGUCACGACUGAAGUAGCACAGCAGUGGGCCAAGCUUGAGAAAGUGAAACUCUGGGAAGUGAUGGUGACAGACAGAAGGACGCUGAUGGAGCCUUUCACCAUGCUGGCGAGUAAACUCUCUCAGUCCCAGAAUAAAUCAGCGUUUCCUUUGCCCGGCAGGAAGAGCAAAGGCAAUAACGGAGACAGCUAAAAUAAUCCUCCAGGGAUGAACUUGGUGAGUUUCUGCCUCCUGCUGGGGCAUAUGUUCAGCACUCCCCUUUGCGCCUCAUGAAGCAUAGCAGGAUAUUCGACAAUGAAACUGGUAAAUGGC